CAAGUGUAUUCCCGUCGUCGACAAACAUCGCUAUUUGGUCGCAAGGUCUCGGAAAAUUCUAUUUAAAUAUUAGGCCAGCAAUCUAUGUUUUUCACUGCAACGUCGAAAUAAUUUACUGUCCAGUGAUAAAGACACUUGUAAGAGAUAAACACAAUGUGUGGGUAGAUUAGUAUGAUAACAGUACCGUUGUACUCAGACGCCUUCUAGCAUUAUCCAUGCGUCUUAUCCUAGUGUUAGCUAGUGAAAUAUGUUGGUGUUUAUUGUGAGCGUUUCAGGAAUUUUGUCACUCGCGUCGUCCGAAAGCUGUUUCUUACAAAGAUGUCUGGGAUGUCACCCUCAAGAAACCGUGUGGCCUGGUUCCUCAGUGGAAUGCACCCCAUCGAAUUGGGUUACAGCGGAAUGGGUGCACAAGCUGGGCCAUCCGCCACCGUCCACUGGUUCCAGGUUCAAUGUCGAAAUGCGUUGCCUCAAAAUGGUAGCGACUCCAGAUGAUAAAUCAUUUGGCAACACUAUAGAUACUUUAAAAGGUUGUGUACCAAAGGCUCAAGUGGAUUCUGUAUGCCUUGGCCUGGUGGCGAUAGAGAGAGCUCGCGGCCAUAGCGACGCCCGCUGUUUUAUUUGCAACGGUAACGAUUGCAAUUCAGCUAUCAACAUUAGUGUAGGGAAAUAUACUUACCUUUUGUCUGCGAUACUCUUUUUCGUAUUGAGGUGAAUAAAUACCACUAUUAUUGGUUAAUGUCCGAGGAUACAGGAUUAAGAGUCUACCAUCCUCUUGAUGUUGAAAAUUUUAAUCGUUUGUAAAACAUUUACUUCGCGAGGACCUACUCUAUAUAUAUAACUAAACUAAAAUAAAACGACCAACAAACAGGACAUAACUUUAAUAUUUGAACUGUUCAUAUGCAAAAUAUCGUCCUAACUCCCUCGCGAACCUCAGCUUGGAGACAACACCUUAUUUUACAUUAAUACUUUAGUACAUUAAUAAUAUAAAAUUUGUAAAAAAAGUUUUUAUUUUAAUCAUAAUAGUUAACACAGAGUAUAUCAUAUGAACACAGACUAUAUCAAAGUGUGCAGUAUAAUAAAUUUUGAUAAUUAUGUUAAUAUUUAGUCUUUUUAACAAUUCUUUUUAUAAUAUAAAUAUUUCAGAUAUGUGAAUAUAAUAAAAUUGUUAAUAAUAUAUUCCUGUAUA